AUCUCAAUGGUUGAUUAAAGUAUCUUCCCUGUGUUUACUAGCUACCUGUUGUGCUUUAUUUUAACAAAUUAAUGUUUUUACAGGUUGAAAUUGUAAUUUUUGAAAGUGUCACUUGUCACUUCUGCCAAAAUUUUGAUGACUUGGCUCUUUGGACCCGAGUACUUGGUGGAAUGGCUCUCAGAUUAAUGAAACUUGCUCAAAAAUUCAGUUUGAUGGUUGUGCUAUUGAACCAAGUCACCACAAAGUUUAAUGAAGGUUCAGUUCAGUCAGCACUUGCUCUAGGCGAUAGUUGGUCUCAUGCCUGUACCAAUCAGAUAAUUCUGUACUGGAAUGAGAAUGAAAGAUCUGCAUACAUUGAUGAGUUACCCUCUUUAAGAUCUGCUUCAGCACCGUAUUCCAUUACUGGCAAAGGGAUACGAGGUGCUCCUUCAAAUUGUUUAAGAAUAAUAACAAUGUAA